CUGCUUUUCACUUCGUUAAAGCCCGACAGAGGAGUUCAGUCAUUUGGAUCCACACCGGAAAGGAAAAUCACCUCGUGUUUCUAGCUGAAAAUCAGGACCUCUGGGUAUGUGUGUUGGCUGCGGCAUCCCCCAAUGGUCUUUCCUGAGGUGGCCUGUGACUCAACCCUUCAGAACUUAAUGAAGUAGAUGACUCGACUACAAUGUGGAAAAAUCAUGACAGAAAAUGUGGUUUGUACUGGGGCCGUCAAUGCUGUCAAGGAAGUCUGGGAAGAAAGAAUAAAGAAACACAAUGAAGAUGUGAAGCGGGAGAAGGAAUUUCAGCACAAGCUGGUGCGGAUCUGGGAAGACCGGGUCAGCUUAACUAAGCUGAAAGAAAAGGUCACCAGGGAAGAUGGGCGAGUCAUUCUGAAGAUAGAAAAAGAAGAGUGGAAGACUCUCCCUUCUUCUCUACUGAAACUGAGUCAACUACAAGAAUGGCAACUUCAUAGGACGGGCUUGCUGAAAAUCCCUGAAUUCAUUGGAAGAUUCCAGAAUCUCAUUGUGCUAGACUUAUCUCGAAACACAAUUUCAGAGAUCCCCCGAGGAAUUGGACUGCUCACUAGACUGCAGGAACUGAUUCUUAGCUACAACAAAAUCAAGACUGUCCCCAAAGAGCUGAGCAACUGUGCCAGCUUGGAGAAGCUGGAACUGGCUGUGAACAGAGAUAUAAGCGACCUCCCUCCGGAGCUCAGCAAGCUGUUAAGACUCACCCACCUUGAUCUGAGUAUGAACCACUUCACUACAAUCCCUCUUGCUGUGUUGAACAUGCCUGCCCUUGAGUGGCUGGAUAUGGGAAGCAACAGCCUUCAACAACUUCCUGACAGUCUAGAAAGAAUGCAAAGUUUGCAUACAUUGUGGCUACAGAGGAAUGAAAUAACUUGCCUGCCAGAAACAAUCAGAAAUAUGAAAAACUUGGGGACUCUUGUUCUCAGCAACAAUAAACUGCAAGAUAUUCCAGGCUGCAUGGAAGAAAUGACGAAUCUGAGGUUUGUCAACUUCCGAGACAACCCGCUGAGACUGGAAGUGACGCUUCCUCCCAGCGACUGCGCAGAAGGAGAGGAGGAGCAGGAGUUGUUUGGGCUUCAGUUCAUGCGUGCAUACAUCCAAGAGUCACGGCGAACAGAUGACCAAGUCAACGGUCUGACUCUGCCAAUCUCUAUACACUUUGAUGGAUAAAGUAAUUCAAAGGGCCCUGCUGAAAAGGAAUACUUGGGAGAACUUGGUGAAUCCUCUGUUUGGACUUUGGAAGUAAAAAAAAAAAA